AUGGCGAUCUACCAGAUGGGGCCAUUCGCUAUGGACGAGUCAUUCAUUUAUACGUUCUUUCCACUUCUUGCGGCUGUCCUGUUGCUCAUAUAUAUCAAGAGUAAGGAGGCGAAUGAAGCAGCUAAGGUCCAGGAAGCUCCAUCGACAUAUAGUCUUUGGGAUCCCGACCGCAAAACGACCCAGGCAACUACACCUAGCUUCCUUCAAGAACCUAUCACUCCUCUAGACGUCGAUAUCCUCUCUACGCCACCACACCCAUUUCGACCCUAUAAACCAAUUUAUCACAUGACAAUGGGGCUUGAGAAGUGCGCUCCGAAUGAUCUUUUCCUUAUUGAUUCAUCGUACCCGUCUCGAAUCGCCCUGCGCAAACAAAUUGUUAACGCUUUUCCUCAUACGUCUCUUGGAGCGUCCGAACGCUGUAGUCCCGCGAUAAAAGAGUUGUAUUCAUACAUUCUACCUCAACAUCUUCCGUCUCGGUUUCCGGGGUUAUUUACGACUAGCACCUUUAACGGAGAAUUCAAGAACCAUGUAUCUGGAGAUUCGUACCCUCUUCUACCUCCUCAAAAUUCGAUAGAGGCACUGAAGAUCUUAGCGACUACAGUAGAAGAGGAUAUAUUGAUCUUACAGAAGGAAAGUGGAAAGGAGACCUAUAGUCUUCAAGGGUUCAUAGCGUGUUUUCCAAAUGGGUUCGAUUCAAGCAAGAAGAUGGGGAUGGAACUUAGGGAGAUUCAUGGGCCGGUUCCUAUGUUUAAAGAGAAACUUGCGAAUAGUAUGGAUCGGUUUUUUGGGAGGUUGGAGGUUGGAAGAUGGUGGACGAUAUCGACGCAUGAAAAGUUAUUCUUGCCAACUGGGAAUCACCAUUAUGAAGGAGAAGAUUUGCCAGAGGAACUGGAGUCCGUGGAUCUUGAGAAAACGUACCUGAGAGUUGAGAGACAGGUUUUGUUGAGGCUACCAGUUUCGAGGGAUAUUGUGUUCUUUGUAAGGACUUAUAUGACUCCACUUGCGAGGAUUAAGGCGGAAGGACAGGGUGAGGCUUUGGCAACUGCUAUUGAUGGUUUUCCGGAACGGUUGGGGGUCUAUAAGCGGAGAAUUGUGUGGGGGAGGGCGGUGCAAGAGGCCCUGCGGGCGUAG